UAUGUCGUCGCGCUGCUGCUCCAGAGUGCUCUCGCUCUGACUACGAAGAAGAUCAGCGGGAGAAGGCAUCCUCUGAUCGCGAGAUCGUCGUCAUCCCUAAACUUGGUGUCUCGUGCGUGCGUGCGUACUAACGUUGAAGGUCGUGACGGUGUUCAGUGCGGGUAAAUUGUUGUCAUCCUCUAACCAUUCAGUGUCUGUGUCCGUCUGUGUCCAGUGAGCAGAUCACUGACGAUCUGCCCAAGCCUGUUCCAUUCCAAGUAAAAAGCAAAAAGUCACCGGCUACCCAACCCUCCUCUUAUGCUCGUGCUGCUGCUUAUGCUGUGAAGAGGAAGAAAGUGGUCCACGAUUGGUUGGUCUCUUCUCGAAGCCGUGGUAAAGUGGUGUGUGAAGCGCGCCGUCGAGUGUCUCUCCGACGAAAAAGAAUGCAGCGGCAGCAUCCGUCGUAAGUGGUCGUGUGUCUCUUUAGUGGUGCGCGACGCUCGACAGUGUUCCGUGUUCCGUGCGAUCUGCUGCAACCGGAACCGGGCUGCCGGGGGGAUGUCGAUGCAUUGGCGAUAGUCGCCGUCGCCGUGUGUCGCGAGGUGCAGGUGUGUGCUUUUCCCCGCCCCGCCGUCCCUUUUGUGGACCAAAAACCGUGUCAGACCACCCAACAUGAGGCAAAAUGCCGUUCGUGAAGCGUGUCGUUACUCCGAAGUACAUUGCCCGGUCCUCGACGUCGUCGUCGUCGCGGACGGUGGCGCUACGUGGCGGUGGCAGCGGUGGGUACGGUCCACCGGCCACCAUCCCGGUGGCGGAUAACGAGUUCGAGGCGCUGACCAACAUCACGCUCAGCAACGCGCUCCGUCAGCUCGCCUCGCUCGUCUUCAUCUCGAACCAGAUCUUCACCGAGCUGCACCAGGAGCUGUCCAGCGUAACCGAGCGGUCGGCCGGUUUGAAGCAGCGCAUCGAUCGCCUGUCCCAGAAGGUGGAACAGUUCGAUCCGAAGCAAGUCACUGUCCCGGAGAGUGACCUCGAUGCAUUCGUCCAGAUUAAGGCCCACUACAAGACGCAGUACCAUGUGGACACCGGGCUGUUUACCGUGGCCACCCGGUCGGAAACGGUACAGGAGCUGUAUGAGGCGGCCGCCAAGACGCCGGUCGCGACGAUUGCCGAGAUGGACCGGAUCGUGGGUAACGAGGCCGGAAGCAGCUCGGAGGCAUUCAUCUGUACGCCGAUCCUGAGCCGGCAGCGGCGCGCUGCCCGAGCCAACAACGUCGAUAUGGACAUCGAAGUCAGCCUGCCAACGGCUGUACAGGAUCUACGCAAGUGGACCUCAUCGGAGGCCAUCGGUGACGUGACGACCGGGAUGGCCUGCCCAGUGAAGAUCGUAUCGAACGGUGCGAACAAAUCCGUCCUACGGCACACGACCGACACCAGCCUGCUGGUGUCGAUGGGCGAUUAUACCGAUGGUGCCGCCAGCACUUCCAACCCGGCGACCGCUGCUCCCAACGAGACCGAUCUCGAUGCCAUCACGUCCAUCGACGAAUCGAUCGUGCGUGACACAAGUAGCAACACUAGCCACACCAGCAGUAAUAGCUGCGUCGAUCAUCUAUUACCCUCACCAGCGGAACAGUGCCGUGCGCUUGCCUCAAAGUUCCCGGCGGAAACAAUAAAAAUCGAUACUUCCGGCCGGGUGUUCGAUCGGAUGUCCGGCGCCCGGCGCUCCCUCGUCUGUUACACGACGACGCGAACGAAAAAGGAAGACGGCAAGCCGGAAGAGGAUACCGUACGGAGGAGGUCCCGGUUGAGGCGCCCGCGUGGCAAGAGACGCAACACGAUCGCCGGUACGGAUCAGCGCGAGAUUGCCGAGGUCAUCAGCAAAGGGGAAUCGGGUGAAGGUACAGCGACAACGGGCGAACAGGCGCAACAGAAAGACCAACAACAACAGCAGCAACCGGCCCAGGAGUCGCCGGUUGACUUGGGUGAGCUGCUGCCUGCGUUCCGCAGCCGAUCGAGCGAUCUGCUGCGCAAGGAACCCGCUUCAUUCUCGGCCGAGUGGACCAAGAGCUUCAACAAGAUGUCACACUUCAACUCGCUCAAGCAGUGGGGCAUCAACCGGUUACGGAUGAUGAAUCGCGACUCGUCCGCGUCAUCGUCCGCACGGGAUCACCAGCGGGAUCAUGAUAUUGAUGAUUUCAAUAUACACGAGACCACACUGGCCCGGCAGCAGAGCCAGCAGGGCCGGCGGAAGGCAUCCGACAAAGAGAAGCGGCUUUCGCACGAUCGAAAGCCUUCUUACUCAUCGUCGGAGCGCAGUUCCUCCGGGGUGCUCAGCUCCUCCUACCUACCGGCCUCGAUCAAUCCGGUGAAGCUCCGGGAAACGUCCACGGUGAGGCGCCAGCGGCGUACGGCGCUGGGUAACCGAGAUGAACCGCACUCGUCCAGCGGUAACUGGAGUGCCAGCUCGGAAUCGGGCCGUACAUCGAUCGGUAGCGAGAUCACGACCAGCAACACGCACCCC